AUGAAACCCCAGGAUGAGACAGAUCGUUCCGAAAGGCUCAUAAAAUACAAUGAUCUUCUGCCGUACGCAGAUCAGUUGGAAGAUGAAGCUAGGGAAACAUUCAGCGAGAUCAAGUGUAUGAUCGCUUCCUGUGUGUCCGAGGCGGAAAUUCGACCCGGUUUAAUAACUUGGAUCUUCCACCUGCAGAGAUACAUAAAUCUGUACGGAUACAGAUUCAGUAAAGAGGAUCACAUAGAGCUCGUCCGGCUGUUGCUAGAUAUCAUACUCAUACCAGAACUCGAUCUCGGGAGUAUUCAGGUGUUAGCCGCAUCCGUCUGUCUUCUGCUUGGAAAGAAAACCCUCCUCUCCCCCGCGGACCUGACAGUGGAAUGGCGUCCGCUCUUCAAACUGUCAGAGCGCUGCGCGCGGGACAACACCGAGUUCUACGGGCUUCAACACCACACUCAGGACCUGGACACUCAGAUCAAUUCCUUGAUACGGGCGUGUCGGCCGUACUUCCCUCUGUCCGCCACUCAGGAAAUGCUCGACGAAUGGCUCGUCAAUAUCUGCCCCACGGAGAACGAAAGAGAUCAGACAUAUCGCUACUUCAAGCAUUUUCUACCCACAACUCUGCCCCCGGAGCAUGCCGACAAGGGCUGGAAACUCUGGUUCGAUCGACUCAUGUCCGUAUGGUUGCUAGACCGCCGUGGGAAGUGUCAAUGGAUCCUGGGUGGCUUAUUGGCACGACUGGCCGAAGACAACAUCGGCCAUAUCGACUGGGAGCCUUAUCUACCUCACGUGUUCACUCGGCUGCUCAUAUCGUUCAACCUACCUUACGGUAGCGGAUUCCUCAAAGUCUACAAAUUUUCUGCGGGAUCGAAUUGCGAGAUCCAUCACCUCACCAGGUGGAUCGUGGCCUGUCUCGGGGGUGGUUCCUCAGCUCAGAAACAUCUCGAGCAGCUUUUCAAGACGGUUGAAUCGUUUUUCCAUCCAAGCAAUAAGGGAAGCUGGUCGGGACAGCUCAACAAGUUUCUAAGCAGACUCACAGAUCUCUUUCUCGAGAGGCUCUACAUCGAACGCUACAAAGCAAAAUCAUGGCGCACCCCAAUUCCGGACUCUAAAAGACUGAGCGAGGCCGACAUCGAUGCUUUCGUGGAUAGUGUACGCCCGAUCGUCUUGACGUCGAUCUUCUCGAAAUCGACGGCGCUCAGCUCGAACAAGGCGCUGCGGGUACUCGCCACGUUGCGACCCGCCAAGACCAUACCUCCGCUGGUGGAGAAGCUCAACGACGCUCUCUGCAAUGUCACUGAGCCCCACCGGCUGCUCUCGACGCUCAACUCUCUGGAAUUCGCCUCGCGGCCCCUAGUCCUCAACCACACGUCGUUGAGCACUUCGGUGGACGUGCCAAGCCUUCUGAUGGGAUGUCUUCCCGGGAUCGAUUCCAACGAUUCGCGGAAAACCUCAGUGACCUUCAGAUUGAUCUCGUCGCUCAUCAACAUGAUGCCUCUGGUCGACUGCUCUCCGAUCGCGGACGACGUCGCCCCUGAGCUUCAGCAAAUUUGUCUGGCCACCAGUGUUUUCGAGGACUUCGUUCUCGAAUUGUUGGGCAGAUGUUUCAUCGUCAUUGAGAACAUCGUCGCCGAAACCAAUCAUCAACGUGAGACCAUAUCGUCGAAAGAACACGACAGCACCGCUAUGGAGAUGCGACUGACGUUCCAGGCAGUGUUUCGACAGUGCCCGCCGUGCCUCUACCGCUCCGCGGUCGAUAAGCUCUACAGCUUCGUCAACAAUCGAAUCCUCGAUCCGGUCGCGGGAAAAAUGGUUUCCACAAUCGUACGCUGCGCAGUUUCAGCGAACCCGGCAUACGCUGUGGAGGUAUUCCUCCCGCACUUCAGUAAGCUCGCGUUGACGCUCAUGGAGUCCGACGAAGUUCUUAAGGAGGAGAAACUCGACAACGAAUUGGUUUUCUCCCUCAUCAUCCUAGCGGACGUCGCGCUCGGAGCGACGGCGGACGCAUUGCGCGGUCAUGCGACGACCCUGAUCCGCGUCAUGCAACGGGGUCUGAAGCUCACGGCAAAGUUAGGAACGCUCACCGUAUGUCAGAUACUCAAUCAGACGCUCCGCCGUCUCGUGUCGCUCUACCCGAUGCCGUUCGGCGAAGCGGUGACUCCCACUCAGCUGGAUAAGUCCGAUCCCCCGAUCCUCCAUUGGGGCGAGAGCUCCGACCUCAGGACCAUGAAAAUAGAUUGGCAUCAAGCCUCCGAUGCUGACCUGGCGGUGGCGAGAGCGAUUUUCGACUCUUGUGUGGUUCCGGAGAUGGAACUCCUGGACAAAUGGUGCUCAGACCCUGAGGCUAAUCCCUUGACGAAGGAAGGAUUGUCGAAGUCUCUGUGUGCGGUCUGGAGUUGUAUCGUGGGGCUCGGAUCGAGCCUGCCCCCGCUCAAAGGCGAACCGAUGCACGUUACCGGCACCAAGACACCGAUGAGGUUCAAGCAUAGGCAACCCCUUGGCCAGAGAUGCUUCGAUGAGAAUCUACGUGAAGAUGUGCUCAAUCUUAUGGAGCGAGUUAUGGACACCAUAUUCAGGGUCUGCGAGGACGACAUACGAUCCUUGAAUACCUUGAGUUGGACAAUAUCUUCGCUCGUGUUCUUCCAUGGCGUUUCCAAGGCGGACUACGAGCUCACCUUCCGCUUGCAAAAACUCAACGCCUUGAUCCUGGAUCACCCUCUUUGCGUCGAAGAUUUGCGCCAUAUCCAACACGUCGUCACAGAGCGCGCUUGGAUGCAGCAUAAGAUCCGGCUGAACCAGAUGCUACCGCAAUUCACAUCAAACCAUGUCAGAGCGAUGAGAAUUCUAUACCGAAUGGCGAUUUCCCACUACUCACAUGUCCGUUGUCACGCACAAGAGUCUUUGAACCAGUUUUUUUCUCAAUAUCCACGGAGUUAUAGCGUUCUUUUGGACGAUAUCUGCGGACUCUUAUCGAGCCCAAACAUGACCCACGACGAAUACAAAGGAGUUUUGUACACUCUUCUUGGCAACACCCAUUAUCGUAUAUUCCCCGCAAACAAUUGGGCAGCGUCGCAGAAACUCUGGCCCGCACUGAUCCAAGCGCCCCAUUCCGAAAAACCGUCAAUCAUCUGCCUGCUCGCCCGUUUGCAGGAGCAGCUCAUCACCUAUAUGGACAGUUUCCCGAUGAUCACACGCGUCCCCAUAGACGUCAUCGCGAAGGCCAGGAGAUUCAGCGGUGAUUUUUUCGACCCGAGUCGCUUCCCCGCGGAUUGUGUUGAGAGUGGGGCCCCGAACAAGGACUCCUACAGAGUGUUGGUGUCCGAAAUCACGGAAUUGAUCGGAAGCGGAAAACUGCACUGGCGCCAUCACUUCUUCGGGCUUGUUAUGAUCAAAAUGCUCCUGCGCGACGAUGUUCACUACGAAAUCGAUACCGUCAGGAUGGUCGCCAACCACCUCAUCUCCGAACAACUGAGAACGCGGAAGAUCUGUAUCGAUAUCCUCGCCGGCAUCCUCUACCAGCAGAAACGGAAGAUGAAGAAAAUCAAGAUCCCUCGUAAACGUCUCGAGGAGAUCAACGCAUCGAUACCCCUUAGCCCAGUGCUCGAGAAGUGCCUGGCCGGCGGAACACCGCGUCCUUUCAACACGUUCCUGCAGUUCAAUUCGGCCAAUCAUCCGGAUACCCAGGAGAAAUGGGAUCGUGCGAUUUUCGUGCAUAAACCUCACGUCGGGUUCAGCGGUUUCAAGGACGAGUUGGAAGUUUACGCGCCCGACUCCGAACAGCCCGGGGUCGCGAAACCCGGCGAUAUGAACGCCAUCGAGCAGGUGAUAUACGAAUGCUUCGCGGACUCUGAAUACGUGACGAAGCUCGUUAACUACUUGUCGAUCGAAGAGAACAAAGACAAGGAUAAAGUUAACGGAAAACGAAUCGCCCUCUUCAAAAUGCUGUUCCGGAACUACGGGGAUGUCUUCCUGGAGAAUUUCGCUCCUUUCCUGGACAAUCACAUCAAGAGGAGCAAACUCGAGUCAGAGCAACGCUGUGCUCUCGAAAUCCUAGCGGGGUUGGUGCGAGGGGCGAAACACUGGGAUUUCUCGAUGAAUCAGAAGCUCUCAAAGUAUGUGGUCCCGCUGAUGGAAGCCGGCAGCGCGAACAUUCUGCAGGAAACCGUGACCGAUUGGGGCGUUUGCGUAGCCACCAUCCUCGAGUCUCGUGAUUGCAACAAAUACUAUUGGUUUUUCGAAUUGAUUUCGAGAGGGAUUUUUGAUGGCACUGCGUUCCAACAAGCGUGCAAGAUGUACUACCUCCUGGGCGGUGUCUCGCAGAUGUCAUGGCGCACCAUGGAACUGGCUCACCGUCUCCUGGCGGACAUCACUCCGAAUCUCGCCCACCCCUACCACAAUGUUCGACACCGCAUAGCACACUUGUUAGCGUACAUUUUCUCUUGCGAUAUGCGGAAGAACGACGGUCAGUUGACGCCAUUUGACGUUCCGGAGAAUUUUGUUCUAUCGCCGAGAGGCAUGGACUUCUUGACGUCCAUCAAACAGAGUUUCCUCUGUCUCGAGUACAAUAGCGAAGAUCAGGAAAAGGAGGUGGCCAAACGUCUAUUCCAAACUGUUCUGAAGUGGCAGAUCGCAAGUGUCGGACCGAAUUCGAGCAUAAAUCCGAAAGAAAUUCUCUUCCUGUUGCCGAUCGCUUGCCGGUUGUUUGCGAAUACCACGAACGAGCUCCUCAAGAAGGAUUGCUGCUUCAUGGUGACUUUAUUCGGGUGCGAGAUUCUAUCCAUUCCCAUCUUGCAAGCGAUCAUGGAUCAAGUCCGACAGCGCCUGGAUGAGUCUUUCUGGAAGGUCAGAGAAUUCGCGAUCUCGCUGUUCCGUUUCGCCACCUUCAGCAACCUGUUCGCAAUCUCAUCCAAUGAAAAGCUCGCGAACGAUGUCCGGGAGAUCGGUCUGCGGGCCAUCAACGACGAACGCGUUGAGGUUCGGACGACGGCUCAGGCCGCGUUGUCCGGCCUCAUCCACUGCGGGCUAAUCGAAAUCACAGAAGACAUUCUGACCGAAGUGAAGAAACGACUUCGGAAAAGUUCGCGCAGUUUCAAAGCUUAUCGGCAGAAGGCCAUCGAAAGCCGACGGAGCAACUCCGUGACGAACAUAAUCACGAAUAACGCUGAUGAGAAAAAAGGAGACGAGAUCAACGAAGAGCAGAAGCUCCUUAUCGAUUACCACGCGGCCAUUCUUCUGCUGUGUGCCUACAUCAACGCCUACCCCUACGAUGUUCCGGCGUCCAUGCCUGAAGUCGUCUGUGUGCUGGCCGACCACCUCCAAGCACCGCAGCCAAUUUCGAGCACGAUUAAAAAUACACUCUCAGACUUCAAGCGGACACAUCACGACAACUGGCGGGACCACAAGAACAAGUUCAGCGAAGAGCAGCUAGCGGUCAUCACAGAUCUUCUUGUUUCUCCCUCCUAUUACGCGUAGUGCAAUACCGUGCUCAUCGCACGAGAUUUCCUCAGGAAUUAGUUUCUAAUCUACUGGCUCAUGCACGGUUUCCAGCCAGCAAUCCUCUACUGCUCCAACUCGAAUUUACGUCUUAAUAGAGCAAGCCCGGUAUCAGGGAUCACAGCCCGGAAUAAUCAUAGAAUCAAGAAACUAUAGACCACAAUUUUAGCAAGUGCUUUUGGCGCAUGAGGCAUUUCUACCCUGACGCUCAGGGAUGGAUGAGAGAUGUGUUUGUAUAGAGCUGAUCUACCAACUGUUGCAAGUGCGCAAGAAGUUAGGCGCUCAGCAUGUUUAUACAGCUGUCUGUUCAGCCUGUUGAUUUUUUUAAGUGAUUCUCCCGUCGUCCAUCCAGCCAUUGUUCCAACGACGGCCUGUCGUAGCAUCGUCCAUAGGUUUUUGAGGGAAGGGACCUACGUGGAGGAGCAGGCGUGUUGAGCCGAUUUCCAAUUUUCGCGAAAACCCACGGUGAAGUUCACAAUAAAGGAUUGAAGUC